AUCAGAUCAGCAGGAGCUGGGGGUCUGGUCGGCCGGCAUGCUAACGACUGCAUCAGCAUGGCUCCGACAGCUCGGUCUCGACGACAAGAUGCUGACCGAGGCGAGCGCAGCAGUGCCGCAGUCUGCUCAAGCCGGGGACUCAGAGGACUACAUGUCCCUGGCAUCCGAAGCGGCUCAGCUUGGCGAUAUUCGGCUCGCCUUACGCAACGCGACGCUGCAACAGGAACAACGAGAGAUUGCUGACGAUUUGCAAUUUCUCGGUCAUACGCAAGACUUGCUCGACUUGCACAGCCAGAUUGCCACGAGCUCAUCACUUCUAGACAGUCUCAAAGCCUUCCUUGCCACCUUUCAAACAGAGCUUGCUGCAGUAUCCGGCCAGAUUGCGUCUUUACAAGAUCGUGGCAAGACUCUGGAUCAACGACUCGUUUCACGCAAGGCAUUGGAACGCUCGCUUCGUCCACUGGUAGAAAGCAUUACUAUCACACCCGACUUGGUUCGAAAGAUCACGGAGACUCAAAUCGAUGAGACGUGGCUCGAGGCGAUUGCUCGACUCGAAUCUCAUCUCUUGGCGAUCAAGACUGGCCCCCGCGUUGCUGCGCGCCAGUCGCUUGACAAUGUAGCCGAGCUACUGCGCAUCAAGGCUGCGGAGAAGAUUAGAGCUUUCUUCGUAGAAGCUUUGAUGCCUUACAAAACGUCUAUCGCGCCCAAUCUGCAGAUUUUACAGACUUCGGUUCUCCUGCGCUAUCGCGAGCUGUUUGCCUUUCUGCAGCGGCACGCCCUCAAAACAGCGCACGAGGUUCAGAAAGUCUACCUCACCCAUAUACGGUGGUAUUACGAGACCGGCUUCCGGCGCUAUGUGCGCUCGCUGGAACGUAUCCGAGCUCGCAGCAGUGCUGCACGUGAGCUCAUCGGACCGGUGCUGCCAGGUACUACCUUACAACAAGUGACUAGCCGCGCGUCUAAACUCAAAGAGCUCUCCGAGCUCGGCGAUUCGCACAUCCUGCUAGCCUACAUGGCCGAUGAUCUCACCUUGCAAGCUCAGCCAGAGCAAGUAUUCCGAUCCAUCGCCAUCGUAUUGUUCGAUAACGUGGCAAGCGAGUAUGCGUUCAUCUCAUCAUUUUUUGGUGCUCCCGCUCCAGCUCCAAUCGAUCCGACGAGCGCAAUUAUGUCAACUUCAGAGACCUCAUCCUCGGCAGGGUGGGACAUGCUCAGUCGAGACGAUGGCGUGCUCGGCAGUAGCAUCUUCAGCGGCGAAGAUCGUACGCUUGACGAGGAUGAUGCCGCCAGCGUUACGACGACAUCAGACUUGACGGGUUCGAAGGUCAAGAUGCCUUCCUACAGAUCGAGCGAUCGAGCCAAGUCGGCGCUCAUCGAAUCCAUGUGGCUCAAGACGAUGGAGCCGUGUCUGGAGUACGCUAGCAACUUUGCAUCGUCUCUACUCGAGCUGUCUCAACCAGGCCCGAGCUCGAUCCUCUGCAUGAUCCGUCUGAACGAAGCCAUCACGCUUCGCGCGGUCGUAUCACGACAGUGUCCCUGUGCGGCCAUGGAAGCACACUUGCAAUCAAUCCGAUUAGCGCUGUGGCCUGCUUUCCAGAAGAAAAUGGGCGAACAGAUCGAUAGCGUGAAGCAGCUUUCGUCUGACAAAGCGGGGUCCAUCUCGCUGACGAACGCCUUGCGAAGUCGCACGGCGCCGUCCGCAGAUCAUAUCAGGAUCGUCGCAGCGCGAUAUGGAGCUCUUUUUCAAGAAUUGAUCGUACUGAGCAGCCCGGACGCGGCGGACGAUGCAAUGGCCAGCUCAAGCUUGCUGCGCUUGCGCAACGAGGUAGAGCGACUCAUCAUCUCACAAUCCACCAAAAUGAUCGAUCGCGAUCAAGCAGCGGCUUUCAUCCUAUCUGUCAUCAGGACAGUCAUCGAACAGCUUGCACAAGGCUACGGUACAACCAGUCACCCUCGCGGUCAGGCGGAGAUUGGCUACUUCCGCGAGCUAGAACGCAGACCAUCGGUGAUGUUACAACCGGAUCGAAAAUUGUCGUUCUCACUCUGACGAUCUUCGGUCAUCGGUAAUCGAAUUGCUCGCUGUUCGGACCAACGCGAGGUCCAGCAGCGUCCUUCAGGCCGCCUUCGCCCGCCUCCUCUCGUAGUGGCUGCGGUUCGACCGCAUCGCGACCUAGUGCCGCGUCGAGAUUGUCCUGCUCAGUCUGUUCGUCCUUGGCUU